AUGGCCAGUUCUCGCCCAUCCGUUCUCCGGCGGCUUCACGCCGUCGUUGUUCUGAUCCCAGCCAUCCUCGUUAUAGGACCGCUCUUCGGCCUAAGAUAUCCUCUCGUUGCCGCGCAGCGCGCCGAUUGGUCGAGGGGGUCAGAUGGAAGAGGAGAGGGAGCGGACGGAGACAGCUUCGCAGAAGCUUUGUCGCUUUCAUACACGUGUCCCCAGGAGGUGGCGUCGCGUCCAUAUUCUGAUAGCUUCGAUCCCUCCGCCUUGCUAUCUGCCAAGUUCAUAUCAGUGGGUCGCCUUUAUGAGCAGCUCAGCAAGGCUCGGCUGCAUCUGGGGGAGGUGUUAUCUGUGGCACGCCACACAGGUCGCACCCUCAUCCUGCCGUCCGUGGGGAACAGCAGGAUCGGCACUGUAGCGGAUUACGCCUUCCCCUUCUGCACUUAUUUCGACCCGGGCAGGCUCAAGCAGUUUGUGCCGUGGGUCUCGGAGGAGUUUUUUUACGGGCAGGUGGUGCCGGCGUGGCGGGCAGCUGGAAGAAAGGGAGGGAGUGUGGUGGCGCUGGUUCUAGGGGAUGGCAAGAUGAAGGCAUGUGACGUGAGAGCGUCUUAUGCCAAGAUCGGUCGCAACACCAACACUGCAGGUCUCCAGCCCAACACCUCCCUCCGUUCCGAUCCCUCUCUUCUCCUCAACCGCGCUCUCCUUGCCCCCGCGCUCUGCACCCGCACCUGCACCACUAAACGCCGCGCCAAGCCGCCCGGCGCCGAGGACCUGCUGGGAAGAGACAGAGGUGCUACAGUGCUGCCUGGGGAGGAGCCGAUGGUGGCGCUGGGAAGAACGGGCGGCGGAGAGGGGGAGAUGGAGGAGGAGGAGGAAGAGAAAAGAGAGAAGGAAGGGGAAGGUGGGAAGGAGAGGGGGAGACGGAAGGGAGGAGGAGGGAGAGAAGGCGGGGAGGAAGGGAAAGUAGAACCUGAUCGGAACGCUGACGUGGCAGUGGUGUUCAAGUCGUCGCCGCUGAUGUGUCUUUCCCGGAUAGGCCGGGUGGCGUCAGAGGCCCGGCAGUCCCUAGUGUACCCGCCUCACCUGCACGUUGCAGCGGAUCACCUUAUAACGAAUCAUUUCCAACUACAAGCAGGUGGGGCAAGUAGCAGAGGCCGAGAGGAGGGUUUGGUGGUGGUGGCGGCGCAUUGGCGGCUGGAGAAGGCUUUUCGGGCGGGAGUGCGGCUGCAGCAGGUGGCAGCGUGCGCUCGAGGGCUUGUGGACACUGUCAGGGGGUGGGCCACGCGCGUGGGAAAGGAGCGCGACGACCAGCAGGUGGCGGUGUUUCUGGCCACGGACCUGACUCCUGACAACAGGUGGAUGUCAAACUCGUUCACUGUGCUCAGCAAGGAGCACCGGGAUGUGGCUUUAAGAACAGUGCAGUUGCUGCAUGAGGAGCUUCGACCAAUCACGUGGGCUGCUGCCGCCCCCUCUGUCCCUCAGCUGGACACAGGCGUCCAGGCCAUCCUCGAUAAGCUAGUAUGCAUUAAGGCUACAGUGUUCUUUCAUGCUCCAAUGGCUUGCACGGCUGGUGUACGGGCAUUGCCAGGAAGCACCAUACUCGCGUAUCGCAGCGUGGCUGGCGUUGAUGCUGCUGGCAGUGCACCAACAAACAUCACACUUCUUUAUGCUCUCCCAUCGCACCACCCAUUCCCUCUGUGUGCAUCUUACCGUCUCCCUCUCCGUGCCUUCAUCGCUUCCCUCCCAGGGGUGGUGCACGGGCAUGGCCUGAGAGCACCAUCCUUGCUUGUCGCAGCGCUGUUGGCAUCGGUGUGGAUCGCUAUUGGCGUUAAUGCUGCUGGCAGUGCGCACCAACCCUCCCACCUUCUUACGUUUUCCAUCUCUCUCUCCCGUGCCGUCAUCUCUCCCCUCCCAGGGGUGGUGCACGGGCAUGGCCUGAGAACACCAUGCUUUCUUACCGCAGUACAUUUGACGGGUGGCGCACGGGCAUGGCCAGAGAACACCAUGCUCGCAUACCGCAGCGCUGCUGGCAUUGACGCUGCAGGUCGUGAUACCGAUGCCAAUUCUACAGUCACUGCUGCUCCUGGCGCUUCUGAUUCUCCCCACGCUCCUCAUUCUCUCCAUGCUCCUCCUGAUGCUGCUGCUGCGGAUGCUGCUGCUGCCGAUGCUGCUGCUGCCGAUGCUGCUGCCGCUCUUCAUACUCCUGAUGCUCCUCCUGGGGGUGCUGCCCCUAGUGAGCCACUGCUGCGCACGCAGCUACUGGAAUUGGACGUGCAACUGACCAAAGAUCAACAGCUGGUUUUGAUUCACAACGUGACAGUGGACGAGACAACGGAUGGCAGAGGGCUUGUGGAUAGCUACACCCUGGAGGAGCUCAGGUCGUUGGAUGCUGGGUAUCAUUUCACCCGAGAUGGUGGCAAAACGUUUCCCUACAGAGGAAAGGGACUGCAAAUACCGACACUUAGGGAGCUGUUUGACGAGUUCACACGCUACAAGGAUCUCGUCAUUUACCUCGACUUCAAGUCACCCGCAGCUGUCGCUCCCACGCUACAGAUGGUUCAAGAGUAUGGGCUAGAGCAGCGCAUCAUCAUGGGAGCAGUUCCUCCAGAAGCUAACAGAGAGGUGCUCAGACUGAAGCCCAAGUGUGUUCCAGCCACACCUGACCUUAACUCCAUGAUACUUAUGUACAUCUGCUACGUGGUCGGCAUUCUUUGGCUCAUUCCCAUGCGUCAUGAGAUCGUGGGAACGUCAGCAUACAGAUGGGGUUACAAGGUUCUCAACCGCGACUUCGUUGCAGCCUUCCAGCGACGAGGGCGAUGGGUAUCAGUGUUUGGGGAUUACCUAGACAACAGGGAGGGACAGGAGGACUGCAUAGCCAUGGGGUGCGACAUGCUCUUCUCUGACCGCCCUGACAUUCUCCAUGAGACCAUGGCAAGCCGGCAGUCAUCAUGA